UUUGUCUCCGAUCGUUCCGUGUCCAGGGAACUCGCCAUGGAGACGCGCUCCGGCACCAGGGAGGGGGCAGAGACGUGGGGUGGGGAGGUCGGAGACAGGGAGAGACCCGGAGAGACGGAAAGAUAGCGGAAGACCCAGGAAACCAGACCCUCGCCCCCGCGCCCAGCACCGAUGGGGCUCCCGAGGCCCAUCCAGGAGGGGAGAAGACCGCAGACCCCGGCCCUAGCCCGCCCCCAUGAGACAUUGGGACCCCCGAGACACAGAGACGGAGGAGGCGGGUGCUCGGGAGGCGGGGACCGCACGCUGGGGGCCUGACCAGGACACCUACGCAAGCGGCGCCCCCGACGCGCCGAGACAAAGAGCCCUAGCCCCUUGCAUCGCAUCUAGGGCGCGGCGGGCUCGGGGUCUCGGGGCGGGCGGGGUCCCCUCCGCCUCCGCCUCCCCCUCCCAUCUUCCCUCCGCCCCCGCGGAGGAGGGGCCGGGCUUUGUGCUCCGCUCCGCAGCCCCGGCCACCGCGGCCGCCAGCUCCGCCCUCCGAGCGCCGAAGCGCCAGGUGAGGGGCCUGCGGGCGGAGGUCUCGGACCCCACCCUCCUCCGGCCCCCGAUUCCUCUGUUCUCCCGGAGGCCCCCGCCCUGACGCGGCGGCCGGGAGACCCUUAAACCAGGCCGGCCCCGCCUUCUUUGCCGAGCCCCUCCCGACCCCCAUUCGGGGUGUGGGGGUGCCGCCAGCCGGAUUGUUUGGCAGGGCCGCAGUGCGCAGGGGAGGCCGUGGGGACAUCCCUCUCCCCUGGCCUCAGUUUCCCUAGGCAGUGCCUGCGCUUCGUUGCCCUUCCCUCCCCCGCCGUCGCCCAGCACCGGGUGCCCCCAGGACUCAGCUCCCCUCCUCCAACCACGGCCUGUGGCGCCCGCGGCACCAUGAUCUCUACCAAGGAGAAGAAUAAAAGCCCCAAGGACAGCAUGACGCUUCUGCCCUGCUUCUACUUUGUGGAGCUGUCUCUGUGCAGCUGCCCAUUGUGGCAUCCUCCAUCGUGUCCCUGUACUUCCUGGAGCUGACCGACCUCUUCAAGCCAGCCAAGGUGGGUUUCCAGUGUUACGACCGCGCGCUGUCCAUGCCCUACGUGGACACCAGCGAGGAACUCAUUCCGCUGCUCAUGCUGCUCAGCUUGGCCUUUGCCGCCCCUGCGGCCUCGAUCAUGGUGGGCGAGGGCAUGCUGUACUGCCUGCAGUCACGGCUGUGGGGACGCGGACGGGGCCCGGACGGGGCCGAGGGUAGCAUCAACGCUGCUGGUUGCAACUUCAACUCCUUCCUGCGGCGCACUGUACGCUUUGUGGGUGUCCAUGUGUUCGGCCUGUGUGCCACGGCCUUGGUGACCGACAUCAUCCAGCUGGCCACGGGCUACCACACACCCUUCUUCCUGACGGUCUGCAAGCCCAACUACACGCUGCUGGGCACCUCGUGCGAGGCCAACCCCUACAUCACGCAGGACAUCUGCUCUGGCCAUGACACCCACGCCAUCCUGUCUGCAUGCAAGACCUUCCCGUCCCAGCACGCCACGCUGUCUGCCUUCGCUGCAGUCUACGUGUCGAUGUACUUCAACUCGGUCAUCUCGGACACAACCAAGCUGCUCAAGCCCAGCCUGGUGUUCGCCUUCGCCAUUGCCGCGGGUGUCUGCGGCCUCACUCAGAUCACACAGUACCGCAGCCAUCCCGUUGACGUUUAUGCUGGCUUUCUCAUCGGCGCCGGCAUCGCUGCCUACCUGGCCUGCCAUGCGGUGGGCAACUUCCAGGCCCUGCCCGCAGAGAAGCCGCCGGCUCCACCGCCUGCCAAAGAUGCGCUGCGGGCCCUGACCCAGCGGGGUCACGACUCCGUGUACCAGCAGAACAAGUCCGUGAGUACGGACGAGCUGGGCCCACCGGGGCGGCUUGAGGGCGUGCCACGGCCUGUGGCCCGCGAGAAGACCUCGCUGGGCAGCCUGAAGCGGGCCAGUGUAGACGUGGACCUGCUGGCCCCGCGCAGCCCCAUGGGCAAGGAGAACAUGGUGACUUUCAGCCACACGCUGCCCCGCGUCAGCACGCCCUCACUUGAUGACCCCGCCCGCCGUCACAUGACCAUCCACGUGCCACUGGAUGCCUCACGCUCCAAGCAGCUCAUCAGCGAGUGGAAGCAGAAGUCGCUGGAGGGCCGCGGCCUGGGGCUGCCGGAGGAGGCCAGCCCGGGGCACCUGCGAGCGCCCGCUGAGCCCAUGGCAGAGGAGGAGGAGGAGGAGGAGGAAGAGGAAGAGGAGGAGGAGGAGGAGGAGGAGGGGGAGGAAGAGGGCCCAGCUCCGCCCUCACUCUACCCCACGGUCCAGGCACGGCCAGGGCUCGGGCCACGGGUCAUUCUCCCCCCAAGGGCAGGGCCGCAGCCGCUGGUGCACAUCCCCGAGGAAGGAUUGCAGGCGGCAGCCGUCCUGUCCCCCAAGAGCAGCACAGCGGUGAGGGCUAAGUGGCUCAUGAUGGCUGAGAAGAGCGCGGCGGCUGUGGCGGCGGCCCCCACCCAGCCACGCGUGGCUAACCCGCCCCGGCUGCUACAGGUGAUUGCCAUGUCCAAGGCUCCGGGUGGGCCGGGCCCCAAAGCAGCUGAGACAGCCUCGUCCUCCAGCGCCAGCUCCGACUCCUCGCAGUACAGGUCGCCUUCAGAUCGCGACUCAGCCAGCAUCGUUACCAUCGACGCGCAUGCGCCUCACCAUCCCGUGGUCCACCUGUCUGCGGGUAAUGGGCCCUGGGAGUGGAAGGCGGCGGGCGGCGGAGCCAAGGGGUCAGAGGGCGAAGGAGGCUACGAGCUAGGGGACCUGGCUCGCGGCUUCCGUGGCGGGCCCAAGCCACCGGGUGUGUCUCCUGGCUCAUCCGUCAGUGACGUGGACCAGGAGGAGCCUCGGUUUGGGGCUAUGGCCACAGUCAACCUGGCCACAGGGGAGGGUCUGCCCCCACUGGGGGUGGCUGACGGGGCGCUGGGGCCGGCCAGCCGCGAGUCCACGCUGCGACGCAAAGCGGGUGGCCUGGCGCUGGGCGAGCGGGAGAUGGCGGGCCACUCGGAGGCUGAGAGCUACUACCGAAAGAUGCAGGCGGCCCGCAGGUUCAAGGACUGACUGCCCGGCGUUCUGCUGGCUGGUGGGGUGGGGGGAGCAUGGGGUGCUGGGAUGUAGGGAAGGAGGGCUGGGUGGGGGCAUUCCAUAACAAUAAAGUCUGAUAUUGGAGUGCCGGCUGCAAUUAUUCCUGAGGACCCACACUUGCCAGCCUGGCCAUGCCCGUGGUCCUGGCUCGCUCUGGGUUCAGGGGGUUUGUCUGGGGGUCCAGAUUUGAAUGGUGGGAAGCUACACGUCCUUGUAGGAACACCAAGGAGCAAGGCAAGGGGCCCCACCUAGUGCACCUAAAGAUAAGGGUUACAGUAAGUCCCAGCUGGGGCGGUUUGUGAUCUAGAGCGCUUUGAAAGCGGCCCCACUUCAGACACAA